AAUUACCCUUGUCUUCCUCCCCUCGCACUCUCGGCCCCAUUCCCUCGACGUCACAUAGCCAAACCUUUCAAAAGGCUACCUCCCCUCCGUCCUCUCCAUUCACACCCUCCCCCCAAACAAUUGUCCUCCCCAUGUCGCGCUCUCCCUCAGUCUCUCCAAGUCAGUCUGCUCGGAUCGCCCCUCCCCCGCGGCCUUCCUCUCGCUCCGAGCAGUUGCUCCGUAACACACUCCGCAAGGAUGAUGCAAUUCGCUCACGAGCACCCACGACGUUGUAUGACGACGAUGACUGCGAAUGUGAAAACCUCGACGCACUCAUAUCCCGUCACCGCCGCAAUAGUGCUGCCUCGGCUUCCUCGUCCUCAAGCCCACCCCCUCGGAAUCCACGAACAGUUUAUACUACCAAUGAUGAUGAGCAGAACGAGUACGCUCAGCUCAUUCGGUCGAAUUCCGCUGGUGCCUCUUCGCGGCGGCCAACACACCGCUCUCGGCAGUCUUUGCCCGACUCGCGCACCUCUCUUUCGUACAUCGGCCAAGACCAGUACAACGAGAAGACGUUUGCCUCUGCUCAACUGCACUCUCGUCUCACCCGUGCGGUCCACCAGCCUCAACACGAUUCCUUAGAGUCGUCGCCACCUUCGAGUCCACGGUCCUUCUUGAAUUCACGUUCAAACUCGCGCGGGACUAUGCAAUCUGACUCGACAGGAAUCACCGUACCUGAGAAAGAAGAGUACUCCGUUAAUCAUCCUUCACAACACCGAUAUGGACGCUCGUACUCAUCAGCGGGGGCACACGCGCCGAUGCAAGCAGGAACCAGUUCAUCACCAUCCCAGCUUCGCACUCCGAGUUCGCCGUGGCACACCAUCCCUCUCCCACCAUCACCUCCCGCGCCGUCACAGCGGCUGCCGUCCAUGUCUCCCGUAUCAAAACGGAGAUCGGCAAUUGGCGACUCGUUCUCAAUGCAUAAGCACCCGCACGCACGAGUACGGACAACCCCUGGCGGCCCGCAGACGGAGGAAUUUGAUGCGCAGACUGCCCUGCUUGCUUGCCGCGACCUGCAGGGAUACGUCUCCUUCGCUAAUGUCGCUGGCCUGGGUGCUCCUGCCGAUCUCGACAUGACUGAAAGCCCGAUUGAGCAGCGCUCACAGCCCUGGGUUAUGCGUGUGAUGCGGAGCGUAUUUUAGAGGCGCCGGCGCCACGUUGAGCCUUAGCUCGCGACGCCAGCCCUCACACGAACUUACACUUGCUUUCGCCCUGGACGGACAGACAAGAGGACAUCGGCCUUAACUUAUGCUGCUCGGAAAUAGUUCCCAGCCCAGCCCUAUACCGCACCACUCAUCGGUCUCCACCCACGAUUGAAGUGUACCAUCAUGCACGACUCGUUGCAGAGGUGAUAGAUGGCCUCCGAGUUGGUUUGCCCCCCUCAUACAUGCUAUAAUAUUGCUUCAUGUCAUGAAUGACGUCUCAUCCACGUUGUCACUCCUACCUCAUGGCCAUUUGGUUACGUUACGCCUUGUACUGAUGUUUCAACGAGUAGAGUAGAUGAGGAAGACUCAGAUAGAGUUUGUUGUAUGCUAUAAUGACCCGGUCUGAACUAGCC